AUGGCACCCGAAGGGAAGGAACGAAGGGACCCGAAGGGAAGCGACGAAGGGACACGAAUACACGAAGAUAAUCGAAGGGAAAUCAAAGGGCGAACUAUCCGAGUGGAUCAUGUGUCUAACUAUCGGGCUCCUAAGGACUCAGAAGAACUAGAUGAGGAGACCAGAAGGCUGCAGGAGAUUGGUUGUGGGGCUCACACCCCCUCACCGAGUUUGUCUGAGGGCUCUGAAGAUGAGGAACCCACAAAAAAGCACAAAAAAGCAAAAAAGGAAAAAAAGGAAAAAAAGAAAAGAAAGAAAGAAAAGGGGAAGACUGCCCGGGAAGUACAGGCAAAGCAGUCAUCCUCUUCUUCAUCGCCCAGAAGCAAGGCAGCAAAGGAAAAGGAUGACCCAGGCCCUAAGAAGCUCAGCAGCAAGAACUCUGAGAGAGUUCAGAAGCCAGAGUCCAGGGAGGGAUGGAAGCACUGCUCAGGCUCCCCCAAGGUGAGGACCACCUGCCGUGGUGCCCCAGAGGACCUGGGGAAGGAGCUGAAGAAGGAGAAACCCAAGCAUGAACACAGGUCCUCAAGCAGGAAGGAGGCAAGAGAAGAAAAGAACAGGGAUAAGGACAGAGGGCGCAGCUCAGACAGACAUUCUAGCCGGAACAAUGGGCGUUCUGAAGGCCAUAGUCACAGAAGCAGAAGUAAGAGCCGAGACAAAUCCCACAGGCAUAAAAGGGCUCGGCACUCCCGGGAGCGGGACUUCUCAAAUCCUGGUCACCGUAGGCAUCACUGAGUCCUUUUCACCUGCUCAGUAGA